UCCUGUUAACUUCCUGUUAAUUUCUCGAAAUCUCGGCUAAAAUGGAGCGUUCCUAGCAACGUUCCUGGCAGCGUUUCCAGUGGGAAGCUAGCCGAAGCGCGAAGCUCAUAUACGUGGCUUUCGCAUGAGUACAGUAUUUCUUCCUCGUGCUGCUUGCUGACUGCGUCUCAAAUCUGGCGUCACCGCUGUUAUGACAUACAGUAUGUUGGUUUGCGCGUUGAGUGACACAAACCUGUAUCUAACUUAUAUAUAAUUCCGUUUGUAAUUUUUGAAACAACAAUCUAUUUUUGGCGAAAUGGACAUCGGAGAAUUGUUAUCUUAUAAACCUCCAAAUACACCAAAACGACCGGUGGCAGGAGAAGAUGAUGAUGAGGAUGAGUGGGAGAGUGCGAAAAAACCAAAGAGAGUAAUAAAAACACCGUAUCACCCACGUCAACGACAACCCAAGGAACCCGAAACAUUAUCAUCAAGGGACAGCGAACCUGCAACACCUGUCAGAGUAGCUGCUGUACCUUCAUCAACUAAUGAAGUCGUAGAACCACAAUUAACCGAAAAAGAGAAACAAGAUAUUUUAAAAUAUGUAGAAACGGAAGCUGCAGAAAUUGAAGCACUGGAUGAAGCAACACUUAAACGUAUGAUUCUUUUAUUCGAGAAAAGAGCUCUCAGAAAUCAGGAAAUGAGAGUAAAGUUUCCAGAUCAACCAGAGAAAUUUAUGGAAUCUGAGGUUGAAUUACACGAAACGCUGCAAGAGCUUCAUAUUAUAGCAACUAAUCCAGAUCUAUAUCAAUUGAUGGUAGACUUAGGCGCUGUACCUUCUUUGCUGGAAUUAUUAUCUCACGAAAACACCGAUGUAGCAGUCGGUGUGGUGGAUCUUUUGCAAGAAUUGACUGAUGUAGAUAUAUUACACGAAAGUCAAGAAGGUGCAGAUACACUCAUUGAUGCUUUAUUAGAACAACAAGUUUGCGCUCUUCUAGUACAAAAUCUCGAAAGGCUUGACGAAGUAAUCAAAGAAGAGAGUGAUGGUGUUUUUAAUACACUUGCAAUUUUUGAAAAUCUUCUGGAGUUCAGACCGGAAUUAUGCUCAGACGCAGGAAAACAAGGUCUGAUGCAAUGGUUAUUGCGUCGAAUCAAGGCAAAAACACCUUUUGAUGCAAAUAAACUUUACGCCAGUGAACUCUUGUCUAUACUUUUGCAACAUACGCCGGAGAAUAGACUUCUUCUGGGUGAUUUAGAUGGAAUUGACGUUUUGCUGCAACAAUUAGCUUAUUACAAGAGACAUGAUCCACAGACCGCAGAGGAACAAGAGAUGAUGGAAAACUUAUUUAACGUUUUGUGCUCAAGCUUGAUGGCUACUGUAAAUCGUGACAGAUUUCUACGUGGCGAAGGCCUCCAACUUAUGAACUUGAUGUUACGAGAGAAAAAAAUGUCACGAAAUGGAUCUCUCAAAGUUUUGGAUCAUGCUAUGAAUGGUCCGGAUGGAAAAGAUAAUUGCAGCAAAUUUGUAGAUAUCCUUGGAUUGCGGACUAUAUUUCCACUAUUUAUGAAAACCCCGACUAAAAAUAGAAAAAAAAUGCUUACUGCAGAAGAACAUGAAGAACAUGUGAUUUCAAUCAUAGCAAGCAUGUUGAGAAACUGUAAAGGACAACAGCGGCAAAGAUUGCUCAGUAAAUUUACAGAGAAUGAUUAUGAGAAAGUGGAUCGAUUAAUGGAAUUACACUUUAAAUAUCUGGAAAAAGUGGAGGAAGUGGAAAAGAAUGGAAAGGAAGAUGAAGAUGAGGAAGAGUCCUAUUUAAGAAGAUUAGAUGGCGGAUUAUUUAUUUUACAAUUAAUAGAUUAUGUACUUUUGGAAGCUUGUACCGGCUGUCCAUCUGCAGUUAAACAGCGAGUGACGAGAAUUUUGGCACAGAGAAGAGCAUCUCUUAAAACAAUUCGACACAUUAUGAGAGAAUACGCUGGUAAUUUAGGUGAUGCUGGUGAUACAGAAUGGAAGGAAGCAGAGCAACAGCAUAUCUUGCAAUUGAUCGACAAAUUUUGAUAUGUACAUUCUAUAUUGAUGCUGAAACGUAGUCUUACAAAUUAUGGUAAGAUUCAAUGAUCUUAUAUCAUUAAGUAGUGUAAUGGAAUAAAAAAGAAAAGAUGUAUUAAAGAUCUCAA